AUGACACAGCUCUUGUUUACCCUGGUUUGGGGCGGUGCAGUUGACGGGUGCUCAAGUGGGCAAUACGAUCGGUCGGCUUGGCUGGGGAGCUCGAUCAAACAACGAUGGAGAAGCUUGACUGGAGAAGUGAACCCAACCAUGGCAGGGAGCAAGAAAGAGAGGAUCAAUGAUGGAGCAUGGGCGGCAAGUCGUUGGACCACAAGCCAGCACAUCGCAGAUUGUGCCAACGCAGAGACCACCUGGCCCAGCUCUACAGAUCAGAUGGCUCGUGGCCGGCUAGUGGCUGGGUCACGUCACGAAUCAGUUGCGGAACGGCUGCUGAAGGUGGUACUUCAGUAA